GGCUCACCCUUGCUGUCUCCCCAGGGCUCUCUACACAUACGAGGAUGGCUCUGAUGACYUGAAGCUGGCAGCAUCGGGAGGUGGAGGUUUGCUGGAGCUCUCCGGCCACUUUGAGAUUCAGAAGGUGAUGUAUGGCUUCUGCAGCGUCAAGGACCCCCAGGCUGUGCUCCCCAAAUAUGUCCUCGUCAACUGGGUGGGUGAGGACGUGCCGGACGCCCGCAAAUGCGCCUGCGCCAGCCACGUAGCCAAGAUUGCCGAGUUCUUCCAGGGCGUCGAUGUCAUCGUCAAUGCCAGCAGUGUGGAGGACAUUGACCCAGGGGCCAUCGGGCAGCGGCUGUCCAACGGGCUGGCCCGAGUGUCCAGCCCGGUGCUGCACCGCCUGCGGCUGCGCGAGGACGAGAACGCCGAGCCCGUGGGCACCACUUAUCAGAAAACCGAUGCCACCGUGGAGAUGAAGCGGCUCAACCGGGAGCAGUUCUGGGAACAGGCCAAGAAAGAGGAGGAAUUGCGUAAGGAGGAAGAGCGGAAAAAGGCCCUGGAUGCCCGGCUGCGGUUUGAGCAGGAGCGGAUGGAGCAGGAGCGGCUGGAGCAGGAGGAGCGGGAGCGGCGUUACCGGGAGCGYGAGGAGCAGAUCGAGGAGCACAGGAGGAAGCAGCAGAGCAUGGAGGCAGAGGAGGCUCGGCAGCGCCUGAAGGAGCAGUCCAUCUUUGGGGACCAGCAAGAGGAGGAYGACAGGCAGCAGUUCAGGAAAUCGGAGUCAGAAGUGGAGGAGGCUGCUGCCAUCAUCGCUCAGCGGCCCGACAACCCCCGGGACUUCUUCAAGCAGCAGGAGCGGGUGGCAUCGGGCAGCAGCGAUGCUGUCUCGCCGGGCAGCCACAGGACAGGUCGUCUGCACUGUCCUUUCAUAAAGACAGCUGACAGUGGGCCGCCUUCUUCCUCCUCYUCCUCCUCCUCCCCCCCGCGGACCCCCUUCCCCUAUAUCUCCUGCCACCGCACUCCAAAUCUCUCCUCUUUCUUCCCAUGCAGCCAGUCGGACGCCUUCCGCAAGGCCUCGGCAGCGGGCUGCAGCCCCUGCGAGUCCAGCCCGGCCGCCACGCCGCUGGCCGAACCGGGCACCCGCGCGCCCGCUGACCAGACGCCGGCAACGCCCAAAGAGUCCCCCAGCCCCAGCGCGCAGGAGCCCGGGCCAGCCACGCCCAAGCAGCACUGGCCCUUCCCGGGGCCGGAGGACAAGGCCAUCGAGCCCCCAGUGGAUGAGCCCAGCCCCAGGCCAGUGUGGACAGCGGGGGGUGAUGCCCUGGGGGACCUGGUGACCCUGGAGCCCACCGAGCCCUCCCUGCCACCCGUGGCUGACGAGCCCCAAACUGGGGAGGCCCCCAACCCUGAGAGCCUCAUCGACCUGUGGCAGAGUGACGGGGUGACCCCCCCCUCCGCCUGGCCCCUGCCUGCUGCCCCCGUCCCCGAGACCCCCCCGGCCGCGCUGCCCGAGGAGGGGGCCCUGCUGAGCCUGGACGAACUGCCCGAGCCCCCCGCCACCUUCUGCGAYGUGGAGCAGGAGGAUGAGGAUGAGGAAGAGGCAGUUGGCGAGGGCGAUCCCCAGCUGCAGGAUCUGGGCUGCCAGCACACGCCCCAGGAUGACACCCCGGGCCGAGAAACGCCCCCCAUCACCAAUGGGGAGAUGGCCCCCAAGGAUGGGACACCGGGUCGUGGGGAGCAGGCCAGCGAGGGCUACUUCAGCCAGUCCCAGGAGGAGGAGGUGCCCCCCCCCGAGGAGCUGUCGGCCAAAGCCCCCCAGCCCGUCUUCUACAACAAGCCCCCAGAGAUCGACAUCACGUGCUGGGACGCAGACCCUCUGCCCGAGGAGGAGGAGACCUUUGGGGGGGCCCUGUAAGGCCAGGCCCCGCUGCCGGCACAGGCAGCCCGCCCCGGCCGGCGCGGGGCACGAGGGGGCUGCAGCCGGGGGCCGGCCCCCCCUCACCCCUCUGGGGCCCCGCAGGAUGAGGCYUCCAGGUGGCGGCCGCCCCGCUGCAACCCCGCCCCGGGGCACCUUUUACAGCCCCCCCUUCUCCUCCUCUUUUUUAAGUUGUCGGUAGGAGCCGUGUCAGCCCCCAGCCCUCCCUUAGCAGCC